UACAGACCAGGGGCCACUCACAGACUGCAGGAGCUACAGACCAGGGGCCAAUCACAGACUGCAGGAGCUUACAGACCAGGGGCCCCACAGCCACUGGAGACCACACAGCUUCCAGGAGCCACUCACAGCAUGCUCGGAGAAUUCCGGGAGUGAGAUCAGACGGCUGCGACCUUCUCCAGCGCGAUCCAGCGGCGAGGAUAGCCGACCGGGACACGUGUGACACCUCGUCCCGUCAACAUGGCUGAGAAGUGUGCUGACGGCAUGCUGAAUGGCACGGUGCCCGGAGAAGUUACCAAGAGAGACGAGAAUGUGAAGAGGGGAAACUGGGGCAACCAGAUCGAGUUUGUCCUGACCAGUGUGGGCUAUGCGGUGGGCCUGGGCAACGUCUGGAGGUUCCCGUAUCUCUGCUACAGGAAUGGAGGAGGCGCCUUCAUGUUCCCUUAUUUCAUCAUGCUGGUGUUUUGUGGGAUCCCGCUCUUCUUUAUGGAAUUGUCUUUUGGGCAGUUUGCCAGUCAGGGAUGUCUUGGGGUGUGGAGGGUCAGCCCCCUGUUUAAAGGCGUGGGCUACGGGAUGAUGGUGGUCUCCACGUAUAUCGGUAUUUAUUACAACGUGGUCAUCUGUAUCGCCUUCUAUUACUUCUUCAUGUCCAUGAGCCGCGUCCUGCCCUGGACGUACUGCAAUAACCCCUGGAACACUGACAACUGCGUCGGCGUGCUGAGCCCCUCCACUAACAGCAGCUUCAACCUCAGCUCCCAUCGAGAUGCCUUCAACAUCUCCGAGCUUCUGAACCAAACCGGGAAGAGGACGAGUCCCAGCGAGGAGUACUGGAGGCGUUAUGUGCUAAAGUUGUCGGACGACAUCGGGAAUUUCGGGGAGGUGCAGCUGCCGAUUCUGGGAUGUCUGGGGUUGUCCUGGGUCGUUGUGUUCCUCUGUCUCAUUAGAGGCGUUAAAUCUUCUGGAAAGGUGGUUUACUUCACAGCCACGUUCCCCUAUGUGGUCCUCACCAUCCUUUUUGUCCGUGGGAUCACCCUGGAGGGGGCCGUGGACGGCAUCAUGUAUUACCUGACCCCGCAGUGGGACAAGAUCCUGGAUGCCAAGGUUUGGGGGGAUGCAGCUUCCCAGAUCUUCUACUCACUAGGAUGUGCAUGGGGAGGACUCAUCACGAUGGCUUCUUACAACAAAUUCCACAACAACUGUUACAGGGACAGCAUCAUUAUCAGCAUCACCAACUGCGCCACCAGCGUCUAUGCCGGAUUCGUCAUCUUCUCCAUCCUGGGCUUCAUGGCGAAUCACCUGGGGGUAGACGUGUCCAAGGUGGCCGACCACGGUCCUGGCUUGGCCUUUGUGGCGUAUCCGGAGGCGCUGACACUGCUGCCGAUCUCUCCGCUGUGGUCCAUACUGUUCUUCUUCAUGCUCAUCCUCCUGGGACUUGGGACGCAGUUCUGUCUCCUGGAAACUCUGGUCACCGCCAUCGUGGACGAGAUUGCAAACGACUGGAUCAUUCGCUGGAAGACCUUAGUGACGCUGGGGGUGGCCAUUGUGGGUUUCCUACUGGGAAUCCCGCUGACCACUCAGGCCGGCAUCUACUGGCUGAUGCUGAUGGAUAAUUACGCUGCGAGCUUCUCCCUGGUCGUCAUCUCCUGCAUCAUGUGUGUGACCAUUAUGUACAUUUACGGACACCAGAACUAUUUCAAGGACAUUGAGAUGAUGUUGGGGUUCCCCCCUCCCCUCUUCUUCCAGAUCUGCUGGCGUUUCUUCUCUCCGGCCAUCAUAUUUUUCAUCCUGGUCUUCGCGGUCAUCCAGUACCGGCCGAUCUCGUACAAUGACUACGUCUACCCAGGCUGGGCCAUCUCUCUGGGCUUCCUGAUGGCGCUGUCAUCCGUCAUCUGCAUCCCGCUAUAUGCUGCUUUCAAGAUCUGGCGUUCAGAGGGCGACACCUUCCUGCAGCGGUUGAAGAACGCUGUGAAACCCAGCAAGGACUGGGGCCCCGCACUGUCGGAGCAUCGGACGGGCCGCUACGCCCAGAGCGACUGCUGCCCCGAGGCCCAACCGCUGAACCCGGAGAAGCAGAAGAAGGAAGAGAUCGGCCUGACAAUACAGGGCAGCAACGGGCAGGCGCACAGCCAGGACUCCAAGGUGUAGCCGCCGGGGCGGAGGGGGAUGGAGAGGCGCUGCUGUGUGGAUGACCCCCGUUACCCUCUACCCCCCUCUCCCUCCUGUUUACAUCCAGACCAGUCGUUCCCUCCGUUGCCCUGUAUCCGUCACCUCAGAAUCACUACCGGACUCUCGGGGAGAUGAGGCCCAGCUGCGGGUCCUGCUCCCCCACCCUCGGGACCACCGGAGGACACUGCUGAUGAGUGGGCUCGUGGCGCGGGGGAGGAGUAGUUCUUCUAACCCGUCUAAUGCUAGUUUACAGAGGAUUAUUUCUAGAGUUUCCUAACCCGGGGCGCUCAGGGGCGUCGCAGGCCGGGCGCCAU